CCAAAACAAUGUGUACAUACAUUAGGCAUAUUCUGCAUUUUCCGCCGGCGUGAAUUUUUUUUGCAAUUCUAAAGCAGAAUUUAAUAUUAAAAUAAACACAAUUGUAGUUACAACGCAGACAAGAAAGUGAUUGAGUAAGCAAUAGAAGUGAGCGAGAGUGUAGAUUCAAUUGAACGUGGCCAAUCAGAGUUUGGCGCCGAAUUUAUAGUUUUUUUCCACUGCGCUCUAUAACGGAGGUGUGUGUAUAACAAAGAUGGCGUCCUCACAAGUCUCAAACAAAUCGGGUUCCGGCUAGCCGCGGCGCGGUAGCCAAGGACAAGCUGAUGCCAGUAUAACGAAUAAUGGCACGCAAAAAUACGCGCCCAAUCAAGCACUUACUAUAAAUCGCACAAUUAAUCUCUACCCACUAACUAACUACACAUUUGGCACGAAGGAGCCGCUGUUUGAGAAGGAUCCAUCGGUGCCAUCGCGAUUCCAACGGAUGCGGGAAGAGUUCGAUCGCAUUGGCAUGCGUCGCUCGGUGGAAGGUGUGCUUCUGGUGCACGAACAUGGGCUGCCACAUGUGCUGCUGCUGCAACUGGGCACCACAUUUUUUAAGCUGCCCGGCGGCGAGCUGAAUGCCGGCGAAGAUGAGGUUGAAGGCCUCAAAAGGCUACUCUCCGAGACGCUGGGACGUCAAGAUGGUGUUAAACAAGAUUGGAUUGUCGAGGACACCAUUGGCAAUUGGUGGCGACCAAACUUUGAGCCACCGCAAUAUCCAUACAUUCCGCCGCACAUAACAAAGCCCAAGGAGCACAAGCGCUUGUUUCUAGUGCAAUUACAUGAAAAGGCACUAUUUGCUGUGCCCAAAAAUUAUAAGCUUGUUGCUGCCCCAUUAUUCGAGCUCUACGACAAUUCACAAGGCUAUGGACCGAUAAUCUCCUCGCUGCCGCAAGCAUUGUGCAGAUUUAACUUCAUCUACAUGUAAGACGAGAGGCGCAGAUUGAACUACGCUGUUACACCACACCCAAUUCUCCCUCUAGAUAGGCAGCAUCACCAACGAUAGCUCUACUUAUACAACAAUUAAACUGCACCAUAGCCGAGCCGAGUCUACAGCGCGUGCCGUCUAUAUAGAUGUAGAUGAUUAUAACCAUAACAUUUGUGUAUGUAUAUGAUUAAAUGGAAAGCCAAUGCGGCUUGUGCUUGGCAUACAAAUAGAAUUGAAA